GCAUGCGCACAUCGUAGCUUGUCUGCGUGUCAUGUUGAUGAAUGCUAAAACUGGGUAGUCAACAUGUCCAACGCUGCUGCUCAGCAAAACAAUAACGAAGAGCCCGCGCUUCAUGGCUCUUGGGUAGAGCUGGAGCUGAAUGGUAACACAAAGGCCCAGGAUGUCCCGCCCAACCUGCUAAUGACACCGGCUGCAGACCAAAUAAAUGCAAAUGCUGGCAUGAGUCAAACCCUGCAGACCUUGGAAGUGGUGCCUGAGAAUGAUGAAACCCUUAUCGGAGGACUAGAACAUGUACCGUCAUCCUCCUCUAUCCACAAUGGAGACAUGGAAAAGAUCCUCCUGGAUGCACAGCAUGAAUCCAGCCCAAGUAGCUCCUCCUGUGAUAGUCCUCAUAGGCCACCAAGUCCAGAUCAUGAUGAGAGUCAGAUAACUUUUGAUGUGGAGAUGUCCAGCCCAAGAGACAGUCAGUCACAGUCAGAUGAAGAUGGUGCAGAAAAGGACAGAGAAGUAGACUGGGUUGCUGAUUGGUCCAGCAGACCAGAAAACAUUCCACCAAAGGAGUUCCACUUCAGGCACCCCCGGCGUUCAGUAUCUCUCAGUAUGAGAAAGAGUGGAGCCAUGAAGAAAGGUGGCAUCUUCUCUGCUGAAUUUCUCAAAGUCUUCAUCCCUUCCUUACUCAUCUCACACAUCCUUGCUCUUGGUCUUGGGGUGUACAUUGGGAAAAGAAUUGCCACAGCCUCUGCCAGCUCAUACUGAAUUGAAGAUGAAGCAGUGCCUGGAUGUUCUCCUGUCUCCAAGUCUCUCAACCAUCCUCCUGUAGUCAAGCUGUUUCUCUGCAUCUAUUGUACUCAUGUAUUCCUUCCAACCUGUGUUGAAUUCUGUCACAUGGUAGAUGUUAGUUAUAGCAGUAUACACGUUGCGUAAUGUGGUUGCACUUCAUCACAUUUUGUCACAGGGCAACAAUGUUAUCAGCUGCUAGUAGAUAAGACUGUUUUUCAUCUGGAAAAUAUUAUUGAUCCUGUUGAAUUCAAAAAUCUGUGACAAGGAUUUGAUGUGUGAUGGCUUCAAGGUUGAAAUUUUUUUUCUGAAAUUUCUCCACUUUUUGAUGCUUUGUCAUGUGAAAUCUGGCCUUCUCCCAAGACGCACCUCUCCUUUGGUGUCUUGAUAGGCAGAGUGCAUGAACCAAAAAUAUGUGCCACAUCUGCAAUACAAAGAAACUGAAUUGGCUCUUAGAGCAGAAGAGACUUUUAUUGCCUUAACUUUCUGAGCUUGGGUGCAGUAAACUUGGCUUUGGGCAACAAACAAUGAUACACGAGUGGAAUUUGUUUUUAAAUUCCACACGUUUGCGAGUAGAUGUUAUAUUUUGUUGACCCCUGAGGGUUUCCUUCAAAAGCUUUGUUUUCUUGAUGGUUGGAAAGCUUAAAACACUGAUAUAGUAUGUAGCUCCAAAAUUUUACAGUGGGGUUGUUUGAAGUUGACUCUGAUAGUGGAACCUAAGCUGGAUUGCAGUUUACCAGGCCAUAUGCUAUUUCUUUUUGCCUACAUAUCUUCUAACUUAAUAUAGCAGCAAUGGCAAAGUGCCAAAUUAUUGUCUUUCACCACUGCACAUCGGUGAUUUACCUUAAGCUGUUUAUUUGAUUAUUCUGUUAUGUUUAGGUAUUUAAAGAUGUAGAUGUGAAAAAUUACUUAAGCUGUGAUCUGCCCCACGUAAGAAGACACCUUUGGAGAUUGUAUAAAUUGUUUAUACAUUGAUAUUAAUUCAUAUCAAGUUCAUUUGCUGACGUGUCAGUGGCAGAAACCACCAGAGGACAGUAUAUCCAGGGGCCUUGUUCAAGGAUGUUAUCUGACCUUUAUCUAGAUGAUUCACUGUGUGAUCAUUUCACAUUUUAUGAAACAAUAAACAAUGUACAGUGUGUCUAGAACUUCCAGAAAAUUAUAGAAACUGAAGAAAAUGUAUGUGAUUUCUGUAUUUUGACGCUGAUUGAACAACUGGAUGAUUCUUCUGUCAGUCUUAAUCAUAAUCAUAUGAAACAUAGCUGACCAUAAUGUAUAGUAUUGGCUGCACUGACAGCACUGAUUUCAAGCAUGCAACAUUCAUUUAGGCUUUAAAGUAUUAUAUAUAACUAAUACUAAUUGAAACUGGACAUGCAUCAUAACAGGCUUAUGUGCAGUUGAUCAGUGUGCAAUACAUAGCAUUGCAGAGUUUGAAUAAAGUUUGUACUGUACACAGUG